AUGCAAUCACACGCGCCAGCUGCCAUGGGCUCCAUCUUGGACGCAAUUGGGAAAACACCCGUGGUGCAGUUGAAGCACGUGGUACCGGCCGGAUACGCCAACGUCUACAUCAAACUGGAGUUCUACAAUCCUACCGGGUCCUACAAGGACAGAAUGGCAAAAUCCAUGAUUGAAGAAGCCGAGAAGCGCGGGGAUCUCCAAGCCGGCAUGACGGUGGUUGAAGCCACGGGCGGCAGUACCGGAUCGUCGCUGGGAUUCGUCUGCGCCGCAAAGGGCUAUCGGUUCCGAGUUCUUUGCUCAGACGCCGUCGCCGUGGAGAAGCUGCGGUCGAUGACUGCGCUGGGAGCAGACCUGGACAUUACGCACAGUCCGUCUGGAAAGCUGACGCCAGACUUGCUGCCUGCGAUGAACAAGCGGGCGGCGGAAAUCGGCCGGGAGCACGGCCAUUACUUCACCGACCAGUUCGUCAAUCGAGACGCUCUGGUUGGAUACGAGGGCAUCGGCCACGAGUUGGUUGAACAGGUUCCUGGGGGGAUUGACGCAUUCUGCGGAGCUGUUGGCACGGCCGGCAUGGCCAUGGGCGUGGGGAGAGUGUUGAGGUCAAAGUCCCCGUCGACGCGGAUUGUCAUUCUUGAACCUGCGUCGGCGCCGUUGCUGACCCAGGGCGUGACGGGGACACAUUCUGUUGAGGGUGUUGCCCCGGGUUUCGUCGCACAGCACCUCAAUCGGGAUCUGUAUGAUGAAGUUCGAGCCAUCGACGAGGAACAGGCGCGCGCUAUUUGUCGCCGGCUCGCAAAGGAGGAGGGCCUUCUUGUAGGGACGUCAUCGGGGCUGAAUGUCGUUGCUGCUCUGCAGCUGGCCAAGGAAUUAGGACCCGGCAAGACGGUCGUUACGGUUGCCGUGGACUCGGGGUUCAAGUAUCUAAACGGCACCCUCUUUCAAGAUGCGCAGAGUCGGGCUGGUGGCGCUGCUAAGCUCUAA